AUGUUCAGGUUCUUCUAUUUUUUUACAAAAAUAUAUACUUCAACAAAUUUUGAAUCAAUCGUUACGAAAGAAUUUUUCAUAAGUAAUAUGAAAAAUUUUUAUGAGGCAAAAAAUAAAAGCCAAUGUAACCAAAUUUCAAGUAACACCAACAAUACAAAGAAAUUUUUGGAACAAGAAAACUUUGAGCUGGAGAAGAUUAUUGAAAAUGUCUUAGAUUUAGAAGAAGAAUUAGGAUAUAAAAAUAUGCAAAGCUCUGAUUCAAAUAAUCCCAUUUUUGAUACAAUGAAUUUUCAGUAUUUUAAAAAUAAUGAAACUUUUGAAAGUCCGGUUCGAAAAAAACUUAAAUUGGACAAUAAUAAUGAAUGCAUAACAUCUGAAAAUUCGAGACAUUGGCAACAAAAUUUUCAAAAUAAUGCUUCUAUAUACAAUAGUAAUCCAUCUAACUGUUUAGAACUUCAGAAACAAUAUGAUGCAGUAAUAAAUUUUUAUAAGACGAUAAAUAAUCAAAAUGAUUUUAAAAAACCCGAAGUGAAUAUAUCACAUAAAAAAAACAAGACUUAUUGA